GACUGAAUGUGCGCGAUCGAUCGGCGGUAGAAUUUAAUUUUUAAUUUGGCUUGACUGGAUUCAAACAAUCUUUUCCAAGAUCUACUGUGUUAAAUUCGAUCUUUUUACAGGGUCUAAGUUAGAAUAGUAAACUGGGCAUGGAGGUUUUAACAGAUAGAUUAUCCAGAGGAACUUUGCAGCAUCUACAGAAGUUGGAGCAGCAAGCCCAGGACCUGAGACAUGGAUCCAGAAGCAGGGCAAAGCAGGAGAGGAUGUUGAGAGCCCUUCAGAAAGCUGUGCACCAGCUCCAGGAGAGGAGGGACUUCCUCAAGGUCCAGAUUGCAAACUCACCAAUUAAGGUGCUGGGCCCUGUUUUGCAGAGCACAGAUUCCGGUGAUGAAGCCGUGAUGAAGGCUGUCAAGGAAACAUUGAAGACAACAGACAAAAAGACUCUCAAGGAUGCUGUAACUGAAGCCACAAAACUUAAACAGAGAGAGUUGUCUGUAUCAUAUAGACUAACAGGCUGCACUGUCCACAAAACAGAUGGAAAUAGGGUGCGGGUACGAUGGGACACCUUCGACCAUGGACAGUACUUUCAACCAUACUACGCAGUCAUAUCCAUCAACGCUUCAAAGAAUCUCCACCUUGUCAAGCAUAACCUACCCUACUUUCUACCCAUCAAAGACUUUGAGAAAGACUAUCUCAACACAAAUAUGCAGGCCUUCAUACAGGUGGUCAGCGACAGCCUAAAUGCACUUGUUUCAAGAAGACAUCAAGUAGAAGAAGCAAAAGAGAAGUGCAAGAAAUUGAUCCCAGGAGAGAUGACUUCAAGCAAUGCCUUCAACAACAUCGGAAUGACCUUAUCAAACUCGAGACAGGCAUUUUGUGAUGUUCAACUUAUCUAUGAUGACCUCAAAGGAAAUAGACCCACCAGUGUAACAGUUCAUUCAAAUGGAGAACUAUCCAAAGCAAAAAUCAGGAGCAUCAAAGAACUCUUCACUGAACACCGGAUUGCAGAAGCCAUACUGCAGGCCCUAUUUUCAUGAGAACAUUUCCCAAAUGCCAGAUGCAAAUAAAGUUCCGGUCACAAACUAUGGGGGAGUCGGCUUUGUCAUCAUGAAGAGAAGUUGUCAGUUUGUGUUUGUGAUGGCGCUGGUAGAAAUGAUAACAUGGCUUGCACUAUGCUAAUCCUAUUGCACGCCUAAAAUCUUAUAUGAUGCAAAUACUGAAGGAUUGAACACUGUAUAUUCAAGAGCCUUAUCAGUAAUAAAAUCCCAUCGGGUGAUUGAGCUGGUAGACAAGUAUGAUUAUUGAUUUUUCUUUCUCGCCUUCAUGCCAGAGACGAGACCUAAGCUCUACUUUUUCCGACGGCGAUGGUGUCAAUGCUGAAAUGUUAACCAAUGCCAAGUUUUUGAAACGUCAUAAAGAAAGUAUGUAGACAUAUUCAUGAAACUUGGACAUACUGGUAAUUGCACAAAAAUGUACAUGAGAUAUCCCCCUGCACAUAUCCGUUGUACAUCUAACGUAUGCCAAACCUAUUCUUAGACAUCAUCAAUUAAUUUCUAUGAGCACACCUGAUCUUGAUGUGCAUUAUUUUUUGUAUUAAAUAUAUAUUUGUUUAAUCAUGGAUAGAUGCAUCUUAUUUAGUAUGCUAUGAUUUGGUUUUACUUGGUAAACUUUGAUAUUUGACAAGGGGGUGUGUUUUACAAAGAUUUAAAGAGUUGGACUUAAAUUUCAGCUGUAUACGGUAUGUAACGCAUCACUGCAUUGGUCAGAUCAUGCACAACAGCUGCAUCCAUCAAUCGUAUUACACAUUGAAUAACAUGCGUGCGUUGCCGUUUAAGCAUAACUCGUUUAACCCUAUCUAGGCCGGGGGGGGGGGGGCCUCGGAGGCCCCCCCUCAACGAUUCGCGCAAUAUUUUCGCCGGGCAAAAUUUGUUGACCGCGCCGCUCGCUGACUUUUUACUUUCAAGUCUUGCGCAACUUUUGAGACCAAUUUUGCGUCACCUGGGUACGUGGUUCCGAAAUUAUGCAACAUUAUGUAAGUGCAUGUCAGACCAAAAAUUGCUCAAAAACGUGAUUUUGUGUACAAAGUCAAUGCAAAUUGUGUUUUCAACCAAAAAUCAUAAAUGUAUGAUUAUUUUUAGUUUUGCUGGUCUAAAUGUAUUUAUUUUAUGCUUUUUAUGAUCUCAGAAGAGUCCUCAACAAUUUUCAUUGAAAAAACAAUGAAAAACAAAAGGUCAAAAAACAAAGAAAUACAUAAGAAAUUGCAAAAAACAAUAUAAUACAUAAGAAAAUGAUUUGAUAUCACAAUUUUGUUCAUGUGUACUUGCUAGUAACACCACAAAGAGUUUCUAUACCAAAAAUUAGAACAUUUAGAGCUUUAUUUAGGGAGUUAGAGGAAAAAGUAUGAUUUUGCAUACUAAUUACGCAUAAAUUAGUAUAAUCACUUAAUAGCAAUUCGUAUGAAAUAAAUUAGUAUGCAAUUUUGUAGAUCAUGUCCCAGACAACCCGCGUGCCAAUUUUCGGCGCAGUCGACGGCCGAGAUCUCAAGGGGGUACCUGGGAGGCCCCCCCCCCCCGGCCAUAUGAACUCCAAAAAUACCCCGGCCUAGGUAGGAAUAAGUCACGCUACUUAAAUCCUUGUGAAGCACCUAUCGGGAAACUGACACCUUUUUAAUGUUACUGGAAAAAGAAUUCUUUCUUUCUGGGAAUCAAUUUCACCACAAUUGAGUGCCAGAAUAUCUACAUACAUAAUUAUUAAAGGGGAAUCCAGCCUUGGCCAUAAAAUGUUGUGUUGGGAAGGAGAAAAAUAAAUUAAACAGAAUGGUGAAAGAUUUAAAAAAAUCGGACAAGCAAUAAGAAAGUUAUAGCUGCUUUGAAAUUGAGAUCACUAAUUCUAUGUAGAUUUUAAAUUGGCAAGUAGGUAAGUUAAUUAUGACAAGGGGCAAGGACAACUUUCCCAUAGGCCAUGUACUUUAUUAUUAGGGAUUUUUGGUUUUCUCCUAAGUACCCAUUCCCCUGGGGAAGUAAUCUAAAUACAACCCGGGUAGUAUAUUGUUUUAUGUCCUCAUGAAAGAAAAAUAUAAUUUGAAAUAAAACUUUUGGGAAAAAUGACAUUUUAGCCAAAAUAUGUAUAGGAGUACAUGGAAGAGUAGUCCUUGCCUUACAUCACUAUGACACCCCAUAUGCGGCCAAUUUGAAGUCUCCAUGGGUAUAGUGAUUACCAAUAUUUACAACUUUUAGAAAUUCACAACUUUUUUUUUGUUUGUCCAAUAUUGUUCAAACUUUCACCUAUCAACUUGUCGGAUUUUCUUUUCCUUAUAAAAACAAGUUUUUAUUUGGGUUGGAUUCCCCUUUAUUAAUAGAGAAUGAUGUAUUGAUAACACAUGAUGAACAUUAUGCAGCUUCACGCAUGCAAUCCUUGCUGUAACAAGUGUAAAACUUUAUGGCCUCUUAAUCAUCAAGGGCACAAUUAUUGAUGGUAAUUGUGUCCAUUGUUCUUUAUAUUUGUAUAAAAUGUAAAGUAAACAUAUAUCCUGCCAUGUGCAUAAAAUAUAAAUAUCCUGCAUUGCAA